AGAAUAACCCGAAUGAAAGCAAAAGUGGUCAAAGUGACCAGAUCCAACCGAGCGGCUUCGCGCGGUGGCUUCAAACCCAGGUUCGAACGGCGGUUUUGACAGCAGCGGCCUCGUCUCGUCUCUUCUUUGUCUUGAUCUUUCCUUCUCUUCUUCUUUUUGUAUUCUGCAGCUUCAAUUGCAUCUUCUUCUAUCGUUCGUUCUUUAUUCUUCUCUCACAUCUGAUCUAUAAUGGAACAUCCUGCUUACACCAUGGCUGCGGCCUGUAUCCUCGGCGGUGUAGCCGGCUACGUCCGGAAACGAUCCGUUCCUUCUCUUUUCGGCGGACUCACAGUCGGAAUCAUGUACGGUGCUGGAGCAUACCUCAUGCACCAGAAUCAAGACUACGGCGUCCACCUCGCUCUCUCGGCCUCAAUCCUGCUCACCGCCGCCAGCGCACCCAGAGCAUUGAAACUCCGCGCCCCCGUGCCUCUCUUCCUCACCGCGCUCGGUCUCCUCACCACCUCUUACUACGGCAAGAAGUACUACGACUUCUACGUCUAAACCCUCCUCCCUUCUUCUUCUUUCUCUUCUUUCUCUUCUCUCUCUUUCAAGGGAUAGCUUGGCCAGUCUCACUGCAUCAAAUCACACCGCUACGUGUUCUUCUGCCUGCCAGCUUUAGCUUUCACCUUUUACAUCCGAACGUUGUAAAUUAAUCUCUGUUUUUUGGAUACAAAAUCCCAAUACACUCUUCUCUUCUUCC